GACCCAAAGAGGAAGAGUCGAACAACCGUGGCUUUAGAAGCAACGGGGAAAGCAGCAAUACACAUUCAGCGUAAUGAAGAGGGACUGAAUGAACUGCGCGCACAUUUGGCUGUAGUCUUUGUGCCUGGAGAGCCACUUGCACUUUGAGGCGACUGCAGACAGGCUUCCUCAGCUUCUCAAAGUGGCAUGUUAUGGCCGUCUAGAGAAACGCGUCAGCCACACAGAGACGACGACAUGAAGGCGACAGCCCUGCUCAUCAUUUGCUCCUGUCUGAUCUCGGGGAGUCUGGGGAAGCCACAAUUCCCUGAGCAAGAAAAGGAUCCUAACUUCUGGAAUGCAUGGGCUCAGCGGUCCCUGCAGAAAGCUCUGAUGCUGCAAAAUCUCAAUAAAAACGAAGCAAAGAAUCUCAUCCUCUUCCUUGGAGAUGGGAUGGGCAUUCCCACGGUGACGGCUGCUCGAAUACUGAAGGGUCAGCUUAACGGACAGAGUGGAGAAGAGACGCAGCUGGCGAUGGAAAAAUUCCCUUUUGUAUCUUUGGCCAAGACAUACAACACUAAUGCACAGGUGCCAGACAGUGCUGGCACAGCCACAGCUUACCUCUGCGGGGUCAAGGCCAACGAGGGCACGGUGGGCGUGAGUGCAGCUGCCGUCCGAUCCCAGUGUAACACUACACAGGGCAAUGAGGUCACCUCCAUCCUCAGAUGGGCUAAGGACGCAGGCAAGUCAGUGGGAAUAGUGACAACGACACGUGUCAACCAUGCAACUCCCAGUGCUGCCUACGCCCACAGUGUGGACAGAGACUGGUACUCCGACAAUGAGAUGCCAGCUGAAGCCCUGCAGGCUGGCUGCAAGGACAUCGCCAGACAGCUCUUUGAAAACAUUCCCAACAUUGAUGUGAUUAUGGGUGGAGGGAGAAAGUACAUGUCCAAAAACAAGUCAGAUAUUGAGUACCCUGGCAUGGCGAAGCACAACGGCACACGGAAAGACGGGAGAAACCUGGUGGAGGAGUGGUCUUCCAGAAUGAGGGCUAAAAAAGGCCAUUAUGUAUGGAACAAGAAGCAGCUCUUAUCACUGAACCCUAACAACGUGGAUUACUUAUUGGGUCUCUUUGAACCUGGGGACCUGACAUAUGACUUGGAGAGGAACACUGAGACUGAUCCUUCACUGACAGAGAUGGUGGAGGUGGCCAUCAAGAUCCUGAGGAAGAACCCCAGUGGAUUUUACCUGCUUGUAGAAGGGGGACGUAUUGACCAUGGACACCAUGAGGGCAAGGCCAAGCAAGCUCUACAUGAAGCUGUGGAAAUGGACCGGGCCAUCGGCCUUGCAGAUCUCAUGACGAGCAUCCAUGACACACUGACCAUAGUUACUGCUGACCAUUCUCAUAUGUUCAACUUCGGAGGCUACACAAUGAGAGGAAGCACAAUAUUUGGUCUGGCCCCCAUGUUGAGUGAUAUCGAUCAGAAGCCCUUCACCUCCAUUUUAUAUGGGAACGGACCAGGUUACAAAAUUGUCAACGGUGUGAGGGAGAACGUGUCGGCUAUUGACUACAAGGAAAAUAACUACCAGGCCCAGGCAGCUGUACCUCUGAGCAUGGAGACUCAUGGAGGAGAGGAUGUUGCCGUGUUUGCGAAAGGUCCACUGGCUCACCUGCUUCAUGGGGUCCAUGAGCAGAACUACAUCCCCCACGUAAUGGCAUAUGCAGCCUGCAUCGGCCAGAACAGGGAACACUGUAUGUCACGCAGCGGGGCUGCUGGUUUACACCCCGUCCUCUCUAGCAUCACAGCCCUUCUCACAGUCACCCGACUUCUCUGCUGACCUGCCCCGGACAGUCCUAAUCCUGUUAAUAUCCUUUUUAACUAGUCAUCAAACAAUUGUUUUUUUUUUUUUUUGUUGUAUUUUAAAUUUUCUAAUUUCACUCUUGACUAUUUUGAUCAUGGGACCACUUUUAACGCACUUUCAUGUUUUCAUAAUUAAUGGUCAAAAGCAUAAGUAUAUCAGUUUUAUUUAGACAAACAUGUAAAGCAUUACAAAAUAAUCAAUCACCCCUGAUGCACUGAAAUAAAAAAUGGUGUUGCAGAGAUUGCCACAAAAUCAGAGAUCUCAAUUAUGAAUUGUCUAUUCAGUAGGUUUUAUUAAGGAAUUUAGGACCUGUUAAACAUCUUUGUUUAAUGUAAACCCUUUGGGUUUGAAUUGAUAGAUUGGCUUUUUAAACGUUUGAAUAUGUUUCAUAUUUUAAAUGUGCAGUUAACAGAAUCUACCUCAUAAGCAAAAGAUCUCUCAUGUAAUUAUGGUGUGUUUACAACACAUUUCGAAGGACAAAUUUUAUGCCAAAACCAGAGGCAAGUGAAUGUAUAAUUAACAAAAGUAAAAAAUAUGAUGGAUUUCUUGUAAUACACCUUGUGCAUAAUUGCAAAAAGCACUGAAAAAGCCCACCUAACAUUGUUGUGUCCAACAACAGAAGUUGUAAAAUCUCUUAACCAAUAAAGACAAUGUGUUUGUUUUGUGAUAA